ACAGUGUCAUUCAAUCUUCCCUCAGAGUGUUCGGUGGUGUCGGUACGCGUUCGCGGUGCAGUGACGGUGUGGUUACGAUGGCUUCGAUCCAGGACAAAUUCCGCGGACUGCUGCAGCAUCCGUACGAGCCACUGUUUUUGCCGAAAAACGAUGGCAAACUGUUCUACGAUCUUCCGGAAAGUUUCUUCACCGAUCGGUACCGUCCGAUCGGGCAGAACUUGAUUAAUCGAUUUAGUGCGGCCGCCGUCCCGCCGGGUGGUGCGAGCGCAGACACGCCAGUGAUGAACCGGGUCUCGCUCAACGCCAUCGAGGAGCCGAACAUUAAGUUUGCCGAAGCCAUCCCGAGGCGUGGCGCAUUUUCGCUGUUCAUUCCGGAGCAUCGUCGUAUCGCGGGGCGGUUGAUCGAGCUGUUUCUGGCCCAGCCCGAUGCCGACACUCUGGGAGAUGUGGCUGCAUUCGCGAGGGAUCGUCUGAAUGGGCCACUGUUUCAGUAUGCGCUGUCUAGUGCGCUGUUGCAUCGUUCCGAUACGGAUGACGUUCCGGUGCCUUCGUUUUUGCACCUGUUUCCCGACCAGUUUGUCGAUCCGGCCGUUUUCCCGCGAAUGCUGGAGGAAGGUCGCGCUGUGUUGCAACCGAACCGGAUGUCGGUAGACAUUCCGAUGAACUACACGGCCUCGGAGCGCGUUGUUGAGCAACGGUUGGCGUACUUCCGGGAGGAUAUCGGUGUGAAUCUGCACCACUGGCACUGGCAUCUGGUAUAUCCCGGAGAUGGGCCAGACUCGAUCGUGCGAAAGAAUCGCCGGGGAGAGCUGUUCUAUUACAUGCAUCAGCAGAUGAUUGCCCGAUAUCAGAUCGAACGGUUCAGCCAAGGUUUGGGACGUGUGGUCCCGCUAGAUAACCUGCGAGCACCCGUUCCCGAGCCAUAUUAUCCGAAGAUCCUUCGAAGUGCGAACAAUCGUACGUAUCCAGCGCGUUACGCCAAUAUGACAAUGUCGGAUGUUCAGCGUCGCGACGAUCAGCUUCAGGUUGCGAUCGGUGAUGUGGAGCGUCAGCUUCAGCGCAUUAUCGAAGCGAUCGAUGCUGGCGUAGUUGUGUCGCAAAGCGGACUACGUACCCAGCUCGACAACUUCCGGGGCAUCGAUGUGCUGGGAGAUAUUAUUGAGAGUUCGGCCAUUUCCGUUAAUCGCCAGCUGUACGGUGACACACACAACAGUGGCCACAUCUUGCUUUCCUUCAUUCACGACCCGCGGGGAGAAUAUCUGGAGAGCUUCGGUGUGAUGGGUGACGUGACGACGGCUAUGCGCGAUCCCAUCUUCUACCGUUGGCACACCUACGUGGACAACCUGUUCCAGCGGCACAAGAUGCGCUUUGCGCCGUACGGUCCAGCGGACCUGAGGAAUGCGGGCGUCAACUUGCUGAGUCUUGAGACGGAGCUAGAACGGCAGGGAUCGGUGAAGAAUCUGUUCCUUACGUUCUGGCAACGAUCGCAGGUCGAUCUAGGCGCUGGGCUGGACUUUGGCCCGGAGGGUAACGUGUUUGUCACGUUCACACAUCUGCAGCAUGCGGCGUUUAACUACCGGCUUCAAGUUGCCUACUCGGGAACGGCCAAGCCUGCCACCGUACGCAUCUUUCUGGCACCGAAACGCAACGAACGGGGAACUCUUCUGACGUUCGAGGAGCAACGUCGGCUUGCCAUUGAAAUGGAUACGUUCAGAGUAAACUUACAACCUGGCAUCAAUAACAUCAUUCGUCGGUCGAUAAACUCGAGCGUUACGAUCCCGUACGAGCGGACGUUCCGUAACGUGGCCCAAUCGAACCUGGGUGACACAUCGUUCCGCUUCUGUGGCUGCGGAUGGCCAUCGCACAUGCUUGUGCCCAAAGGAGAUUCCAUCGGUGUGGAGUAUGAUCUGUUCGCUAUGCUGUCGGAUCACGACAGGGAUCGAGUGAAUCCGUUGUUUGAUGAAAAACGGGGCUGUGACGAUGCACAUUCGUUCUGCGGCUUGAGAGAUCGUACGUAUCCGGAUGCUCGUAAUAUGGGCUUCCCAUUCGAUCGUCGCGUACCGAACUCGAUACGAACUUUCCAAGACUUUGUCGCACCUUAUCAGAACAUGCGUGUCACUACGGUGACGGUCCGCUUUACCAACACUGUCGUGGCGAGAACUUUGGAAAGUGAAGUUUCUGCCUUCAAAAUGUCGGACAUCGAAACAGGAUUCCUGUGUCUUAUGACACGCCCCACAGAGCCACUGUUUUACCCCAAGUACAAUGGCGAGGUGUUUAUGGAUCUUCCCACCGAGUAUCUGCCCGAGCGGUAUCAGCAAAUCGCUGACACGAUGAAGGAUCGUCACGGAUCCGGUGCAAAGCACCAUAUCACCAUCAGGCCGGUGGAAUUGCCAGAUCUCGGGUACGCGGCACGGGUACCUCGCCACGGUAACUUCAAUCUGUUCAAUCCCGCCCAACGGCGUGCGGCUGGUCAACUGGUAGCGGAUCUGCUAGCCCAACCCGACCCGGAAACGAUGCUAUCGGUGGCGGCUUACGCUCGUGAUCGAUUGAACCCGAUCAUGUUUCAAUACGCGCUUGCCGUGGCGUUGAUGCACCGGAAGGACACGGGUACGGUGCCGGUGCCAUCGUUCCUGGAAAUGUUUCCGACACGGUUCGUCGAUCCGGCCCUCUUUCCGAAGCUGCGCGAGGAAGGGUUUAUGGUGGAGCAGGGUCAACGGGUGGCAAUCGAGGUGCCGCACAAUUCAACCGCUUCGGCGGCAGAGCCGGAACAGCAGUUGGCUUACUUUCGGGAGGAUAUCGGUGUGAACCUGCACCACUGGCACUGGCAUCUGGUGUAUCCGCAGGAGGGGCCCCUCGAGGUGGUUAGGAAGGAUCGACGGGGCGAGCUGUUUUACUACAUGCAUCGUCAGAUUGCGGUACGGUACAAUGUGGAACGGUUCUGCAAUAUGAUGCCUCCGGUAAAGCCGUUGAAGAAUCUACGGCAACCCAUCCCGGAGGCAUACUUCCCAAAGCUGUUGAACAGUGCCUUGAACAGGACAUAUCCUGGUCGAGCAGCGAACAUGGUGCUGAGUCACGUCAACCGACCGGAAGAUGAUGCCGUUACCACGAUUUUGGAACUGGAAACAUCGCUGGGCAGAAUCAAGGACGCAAUAAAAACCGGAUUUGCUGUUACAGAAGAUGGAACAAAGAUCCCGCUGGAUGCAAAGCAUGGCAUCGAUAUUCUGGGAAACAUUGUGGAAAACUCGCUGCUUUCGGUGAAUGUUCCGUACUACGGCAACUACCAUUCGCUCGGCCACGUACUCAUCGGUUACAUCCACGAUCCGGACAAUCUGUACCUGGAAGGGCACGGCGUAAUGGGUGACUUUACGACGGCGAUGCGCGAUCCAACGUUUUACCGGUUCCAUCAGCACGUGGACGAUGUGUUUGACAUGCACAAGCAGAAGCUUCCACCGUACAGUGAGCAGGAACUAUCGUUCCCGGGCGUAUCGAUCGUGGACGCUACGGUACAGAUAACGAGUGGCAGGGCGGCCCGCAACAGGUUGCUUACCUUCUGGCAACGGAGUCAGGUCGAUCUCGGGACGGGGUUGGACUUUGGACCGCAGGGAAACGUGGUGGCGACCUUUACCCACAUCCAGCACGCACCAUUUGCAUACCAAAUUAUGGUGCACAACGAAACGGCUGAAUCGAAGAAGGGUACGGUUCGCAUUUUCCUGGCGCCCAUCUACAAUGCCCAGGGAGAGCAGAUGUUGUUGAGCGAGCAGCGUCGGUAUAUGAUCGAGCUGGAUAAGUUUGUUGUAAACUUGCAUCCGGGUGAAAACAGGAUCAUCCGUCGAUCGGAUCAGUCGAGCGUCACCAUACCGUACGAACGAACCUUCCGGCGUGUCGAUGCUUCCAACAUGCCCGGAACGGAGAACUUCCGCUUCUGCAACUGCGGUUGGCCAGACCAUAUGCUGCUGCCCAAGGGUCAACCGGAUGGACAACCGUUCGAUCUGUUUAUCAUGGUGUCCGACUACAAGGAUGAUGCAGUUGUGCCGGACUUUAACACGAAAGAAAACUGUAACGAUUCGCACUCGUACUGUGGACUGCGGGAUCAACUGUUUCCCGAUCGUCGUGCCAUGGGCUUUCCAUUCGACCGCUUGCCAGUUUCUCAGGAUCAUUUGAUGAAAGACUUUGUUGGGCGAUUCCACAACAUGAGUCGCACGGUAGCGGAGAUCAUGUUUACCAACACGGUCAUUUCACGUACUUGAGUCGGACACUGGAGACAAAGGCAAAUCGGGGGCUAGAAAUUGUGGACGGAACAAUUUUGCAAUGAAAUAAAUGAAUAACUGAGCAUUAACACAA